CUCACUUGUCUAUUUUAAUUUCCGAUACCUCCCUUCUUUUCAUCUCCGCUAUAUUACUUACCCUUGGUUCUUUCUACCUACCAUAUACCCAGAUAUAAAGCUAAUAUAUACCCUUUGCACACAAAAUGCCGGAUCAUGAAAGUAUCGGCCUGUCAUCAAAUGAUAGUUACAAGAACUCUCCCCAAAACCCCAUCACAACUUCGGAUAUAAUGGCCAACGAUACCGCCAUCGACCGCGUCAUGGACAAAGACCCAGUUGCUUUUGUGGGUGAUCCUGAAAAGGGCCGUUUUUCCGGUGACGAUAUGGACCGUAUCGAGUCUAAUGACGAGGCUUCCAGAAUGAUGUCAAGAGCCUUGACCGGUUCCCAAGGCAUCGAAGAAGCUGCUUUGGCGGAUGAGGGUCCUUUGCCAGCUAUGGGUAACGGUAAGCCAUAUCCUAAGCCCGUCGGCGACAGAGCUCCUUAUGCUGUUGCCUUUGACGGUCCAAAUGACCCUACCCACCCGCAUAAUUGGCCAACCAGGACGAAGGUUUUGUACAGUCUGACCAUAGCUCUUGCUACUGUCAGUAUCACCUUCGGUUCCGCUAUGUUUUCAACUGCCACUGAGGUUAUUUCUCGAAAAUUCCACAUUGGUGAGGUAACUGCCACCUUAUCAACCUCGCUUUACGUUUUGGGUUUCGCCUCUGGCCCGAUUAUCUGGGCCCCAUUGUCUGAGUUGUAUGGUAGAAAGAUUGUCUUGAUCCCUUCGUGCUUUGGUUUCGUUUGUUUCAACUUUGCUGUCGGUACCGCCAGGGAUAUCCAGACUAUUAUGAUCUGUAGAUUCUUUGCUGGUUUCAUUGGUGCUGCUCCAAUGGUUGUUGUGCCCGCGGCCUUAGCCGAUAUGUUCAACGCCGAGUUCAGAGGUACUGCUAUGAACUUGUUUUCCAUGACUGUGUUUGGUGGUCCGUUAUUGGCGCCAGUCAUAGGUGGUUUCAUCAUGAAAAAUUCCCACAUGGGCUGGAGGUGGACAUGUUACAUUACUGGCUUGGUGGGUAUCCUUUCUUUGCUCGGUAUUGUAUUCUUCUUGGAAGAAACCCAUCAUCCGUUAAUUCUUGUCCAAAAGGCCCGGGUUUUGAGAAGAAGAACCGGAAACUGGGGGAUUCAUGCUCCACACGAGGAGUUUACUAUCUCCUUUAAGGAGUUGGCCGAGAAAAACAUUACCCGUCCGUUGAUCAUGUUGUUCACCGAGCCAAUUUUGUUGUUUAUCUCGAUCUACAAUGCCUUCAUCUACGGGUUAUUGUACUUGUUCUUGACAGCUUAUCCAUUGAUCUUUGCGGGUGGAUACGGCUUCGGUGCUGGUGAGGCUGAAUUACCGUACGUUGGUAUGUUGAUCGGUAUGUUUAUCGGUGGUCUUAUGUGCAUGUGGUGGGAACAAAGAUUCAAGGCAACCUUGGCAGCCAAUGGUGGUAAGCCAAUUCCAGAAGAGAGAUUGCCUCCAAUGAUGGUUGGUUCUAUUGUCUUUGCAGGUGGUAUUUUCUGGUUGUGUUGGGCUGGUAACUACCCCGAUAAGGUUCACUGGAUCGUGCCAACCAUCGGUGGUGCUCCAAUCGGCUUCGGUUUGAUCUCUAUUUUCUUGCCUUGCAUAAACUACUUGGUUGACUGUUACUUGAUUUUCGCUGCCUCGGCCUUGGCUGGUAAUACUUUCUUGAGAUCUACCUUCGGUGCCGUCUUCCCGCUUUUUGCUACUCAGAUGUUCAAGAGUAUGGGUAUUAACUGGGCCGGUACUUUGUUGGGCUGUGUUGCACUUGUCUUGGUUCCGGUUCCAUUCUUGUUCUACAAAUACGGCCCUCACUUCAGAGCUAGGUCGAAGUAUGCCUUCCUUCUCUAGGUCCAAGAAAAAAGCAAACCUUUUGCAUGGUUCAAACAGUCAUAGAACGCGAUUCGCCGCCCCCCUUAAAUCUUACACAUCGAAGUGUCUAUGGCUUCCACUUUACUUCUUUAGCUUAAUCUUUAAUAUGUAUUUUUCAUCCCAAAACACGCAAUAAAGAGUAUGCGAC